AUGUCACUUUCUAAGGGUCGCGCCAGGCCGCCAGUAAAGAGCAAAGCUCCAGCAACUCUGGCAGAGGGGUUGUCAAGAGACAGUGCUGAUCCGGACAGCGUGGUGAAUACUUCCGAUGCAGGCCACGACACCGGCUCUCAGCAAAAGUCCGCCACGAGCAAAGCCUGCUCGACCACCUACCGCCACAAUGCCAAUGCCAGUCCCAGGGCCAAUGCCACUCCGCCGGCGGGCGGCGACUACUCCUUGAGGCGAAUUAUCGAGUUGUAUGGCGAGCAGGCUGAUUUGUUGCGGGUUGUUCUGUCAGCAAAGACAGAGCAGGAUAGGGCGCGGGCAGAGUACGAGAGGCGCGUGCAGGAGGAGUGGCGGUAUGAGACGAGGAGGGUUGAGUUUGAGAUGAUGCUGCACGGGAAUUACUUUAAGCAGCAGGAAAGGGAGUACGAGCAGCAGCAGCAGCAGCAGCAACAGCAGCAGAAUAGGCAUAUGGGCGUGGUGGUGUCUGGUGGAAUGCACCGUGAGAUUCAUUCGCCAAUAGGCCCUCUGCAGCAGCAACAACAGCAACAGCCACCUCUUUCACUUCCGCCACAGGGCACGCAUCAUCAUCCGCAAACGCCAGCCAUGGCAACACCGGCAGGGUACGGAUCAUCGUCGCACGACCCUUAUCGAAACGUCCGCUCAUAUCACCACCCGGACACACCCGGCGGACUGGACGGCCGGAACCCAAACCCGUUUGCUUUCUUCAAAAUGCCACUUGGAGCCCCCCUCCACCACCCAUCAGCUUAUCCGCCGCAGCAAAAGCCCAGGCCACCCAUGCGCGAUCGCAAAGUCGCCCCGGCCAUCAGUGGACUGUCCGUGCGUAUUGUCGACCAUGGGGGCAACAUUGACGACGGCAACGUGCCUCAGUCGGCUCCUGUGGAUGGACCGGCGGCGCAGGCGAAGCGGAAAAUUUCGCACGAUGAGGUCAUUAUGGCGUUGAGGCGCAAGGUUAUGGCCAAAGGCGGCAGCACCAAUAACAAUGGCGGGUUUGGCGGGCCUUUGGCUGCUGCCUCUGCCGCGACCUCUACGGUUUCGGCUCCUGUCUCGGCGACUGCCGCUGCUGUGGCCAGACAGUCUUCGCUGGGCAUUAUCACGAAUGUCGCCGAGGAUGUGGAUGUGGAGGAAGCGGUGGCUAUGUCAUCGUCGUCUUCGGAAUCGUCUGAUGCUUCGGCUUUGGCUGCCAUUAAUGAGGGCAGACGAGGCGGCCAGCAGCAGAGGCUGCCUUCUAUAUCAGAUAUGCUGGAGUCUGAGAGCACACGGAGUUCUUAA